AUGACAAGUGUCAGAGAGAACGAGAGUGCCAGAGAGAACGAGAGUGCCAGAGAGAACGAGAGUGCCAGAGAGGACGAGAGUGCCAGAGAGGACGAGAGUGCCAGGGAGGACGAGAGUGCCAGAGAGGACGAGAGUGCCAGAGAGGACGAGAGUGCCAGAGAGAACGAGAGUGCCAGAGAGGACGAGAGUGCCAGAGAGAACGAGAGUGCCAGGGUGGACAAGAGUGCCAGAGAGAACGAGAGUGCCAGAGAGAACGAGAGUGCCAGAGAGAACGAGUGCCAGAGAGAACGAGAGUGCCAGAGAGGACGAGAGUGCCAGAGAGGACGAGAGUGCCAGAGAGAACGAGAGUGCCAGAGAGGACGAGAGUGCCAGAGAGGACGAGAGUGCCAGAGAGAACGAGAGUGCCAGAGAGGACGAGAGUGCCAGGGUGAACGAGAGUGCCAGAGAGGACGAGAGUGCCAGAGAGAACGAGAGUGCCAGAGAGGACGAGAGUGCCAGAGAGAACGAGAGUGCCAGAGAGGACGAGAGUGCCAGGGUGAACGAGAGUGCCAGAGAGGACGAGAGUGCCAGAGAGGACGAGAGUGCCAGAGAGAACGAGAGUGCCAGAGAGGACGAGAGUGCCAGGGUGAACGAGAGUGCCAGAGAGGACGAGAGUGCCAGGGUGAACGAGAGUGCCAGAGAGGACGAGAGUGCCAGGGUGAACGAGAGUGCCAGAGAGGACAGACCACAUAUGAACAAAGUAUAAAACAAAGGGGAAGGAAGUGGUCAAUCAAAGAGGUCAGACUCGGGUUGUUGUGGUCGGUUAAAAUCCCGUACCAACACACACACCACGUACAUGCUGGCCACUUGUAA